AUGGCCAGAGAAAUGAUUCGUGGAGGAUACAAAUUCGACAAGGGUUUGGGGCGUGAACUGCAAGGGAUCCUGAAGCCAGUGAAGAUAGUAGAAAAGAGAGAUACCUUCGGUUUGGGUUUCAGACCAACCGCCAAGGAUUUCAAGGAGAUGAAAGAGCGUAAAAGAGCAGAAAAGGAGGGCCGGCAAAGGGCUUUCGAUAUUCCACCACUGUGGUAUACUUUUCCCCGGCCAACUGAAAUAAUCACAUCAGAGGGUAAUUCAACUGAAGAAAUCGAGAAUAGUUUGUCCCAGUUGUUCGUUGGGGCAAUAUUUGAAGACAAUUUCCUGAGCGAGGCCGAAUUUCCUGACAUCCCUGAGGGGUCUAUUUCUAAUUGGACUGCCGAGAGUGGAGAGGUAAGAGUUUGUAUUGACUAUAGAGACCUUAAUAAAGCCAGUCCUAAAGAUGAUUUCCCUCUACCAAACAUUCACAUUCUCUUAGACAAUACGGCCGGACAUGAGAUUGAAACCUUUUGCGAUUGUUUCGCUGGCUACCACCAAAUUUUAAUGGCAGAGGAGGAUAGGGAGAAGACUGCUUUCAUUACCCCUUGGGGUACCUUUUGCUACCGAGUCAUGCCUUUCGGUUUAAAGAAUGCUGGAGCAACAUAUCAGAGGACCAUGACAACCCUAUUUCAUGAUAUGAUCCACCGGGAGAUGGAGGUCUACGUGGAUGAUAUUAUAAUCAAGUCCAAAAGGGCAGAGGACCACUUGGUUGAUCUGAAGAAAUUAUUCGAGAGGUUACGGAAGUACAAUUUGAAGCUAAAUCCUGCAAAAUGCGCCUUCGGAGCACCUGCGGGUAAGCUGUUGGGAUUCAUUGUUAGCAAGAAGGGCAUAGAAAUAGAUCCGGCGAAAAUCAAAGCAAUUCGAGAUAUGCCAGUGCCGAAAACUCAGAAGGACGUGAAAAGCUUCUUAGGGAAGAUCAAUUUCAUUGGGAGGUUCAUCGGCCAGCUAACUGCCACAUGCGAGCCGUUGUUCAAAUUAUUGAGAAAGAAUGUGCCGUUGUAUUGGAAUGAGGAGUGUCAACAGGCUUUUGACAAGAUUAAAGAUUAUUUGUUGCAUCCACCAGUUUUAGUGCCGCCCAAACCGGGCCGACCUUUGAUUAUGUAUUUAUCUGUACUCGAUGGAGCAGUAGGGUGUGUUCUGGGUCAGCACGAUGAAUCCGGAAGGAAAGAACAAGCCAUUUACUAUCUAAGCAAGAAGUUCACGCAGUACGAGGCUGAUUAUUCAUUCAUUGAGAAAAGCUGCUGUGCAUUGGCCUGGGCAGCCCAAAAGUUGAGACACUACCUGUUGAGCCAUACCACUUAUCUUAUUUCCCGAUCUGAUCCUUUGAAGUAUCUUUUGGAGAAGCCGAUGUUGACUGGGCGUUUGGCGAAAUGGCAGAUAAUUCUCUCAGAAUUCGAUAUUGUUUUCACCUCACAAAAGGCGGUCAAGGGGCAAGCUAUAGCUGAUCAUUUGGCGGAAAAUCCAAGGGAUGAUGAUUACCAACCACUCCGUACUUAUUUCCCUGACGAGAGGGUCCUAUUUGUAGGCGCUGCAGAUGAUAUAAGUGAACAAAGUCCUGAAUGGAGGCUUUUCUUCGAUGGAGCUUCGAAUUCUCUCGGAGCUGGAAUUGGAGCUGUUUUGGUGUCACCCGAAGGGAAGCAUUACCCUGCCGCUGCCAAAUUGCAAUUCGCUUGCACGAAUAACAUGGCUGAAUAUGAAGCUUGCAUUUUUGGUCUCAAAAUGGCGUUGGAAAUAGAAAUCAAAGAAUUGAUAGUUUUCAGUGAUUCAGAUUUGCUCGUGCAUCAAACCUUGAAACAAUGGAUAACCAAAGAUUCGAAAAUUCUACCCUACCAUUGUAGUCUGCUUACUUUGGCCAAGCAGUUUCAAAAUUUGGAGUUUAGACAUCUCCCGAGAGCCAGGAAUGCAUUCGCCGAUGCUUUGGCUACCUUAGCUUCUAUGAUCCAGUAUCCUGAUGAAUUGAAGAUCGAACCAAUCCAAGUUCAACUUCAAGACAAGCCUGCCCACUGCUGGGUUACAGACGAGUCCUCGGAUACUAUUCCUUGGUUUAAUGAUCUUAAAGAGUUUCUCAAAACGGGGUCUUACCCUCUGCAUGCUGGUACAAAGGACAAGAGUUUUCUGCGUAGAAUGGCUUCAAAAUUUUUCUUAAAUGGAGAAGUGUUGUACAAAAGAACCUCGGAUUUGAACCUUUUAAGGUGCAUUGAUGAAGAUGAAGCUCAAUAUAUGAUGAAGGAAGUGCAUAGUGGCGUUUGUGGACCUCACAUGAAUGGCCAUUUGCUAGCGAAGAAAAUCAUGAGAACCGGAUACUUCUGGCUUACUAUGGAGCAUGAUUGUAUAAAUUUUGUCCGGAGAUGUAUAAAAUGCCAAAUGCACGGUGACAUUAUACGCGCUCCACCCACUGAACUGCAUAGCAUGACCGCCCCAUGGCCCUGUUCAAUGUGGGGUAUGGACGUGAUUGGUACAAUCGAUCCUCCCGCUUCAAAUGGACAUCGAUUUAUAUUGGUGGCGAUCGAGUACUUUACCAAAUGGGUUGAAGCAGAGUCAUUCAAACAUGUCACGAAGAAGGUAGUGGCCAAUUUCCUGAGAGAUCACAUCAUCUGUCGCUUCGGAGUACCCGAAACGCUUAUCACGGACAAUGCCAAGAAUCUGAACAAUGACAUGGUAGAUGGACUAUGUGAGCAGUUCAAAAUCAAACACCGCAAUUCUGCCAUUUAUAGGCCUCAGAUGAAUGGAGCUGUAGAAGCCGCGAACAAGAAUUUGAAAAAGAUUAUCCGCAAAAUGACUGAAAGGCAUCGCGAUUGGCAUGAAAAGUUGCCUUAUGCAUUGAUGGCAUACCGGACUUCUAUCCGGACAUCAACUGGGGCAACACCGUAUUCACUCAUGUAUGGAAUGGAAGCUGUGUUACCAGCCGAAGUUGAAAUUCCUUCGUUGCGAAUCCUCAUGGAAGCUAAGUUGGAGGAGGCUGACUGGAUAAAGCAGCGCCAUGAACAAUUGACGUCGAUCGAUGAAAGGCGAUUCAAUGCUAUUUGUCAUGGUCAGUGUUAUCAGAAACGGGUGGCCCGAGCUUACAACAAAAAGGUCCAUCGGCGGGCAUUUGAAGAAGGUGAUAAGGUACUGAAGCGAAUUUUGUCGAUGCAAGAUGAAGCUAAAGGCAAAUUUGCUCCGAAUUGGCAAGGGCCGUUCAUUGUCCAAAAGGUAUUACCUGGCGGAGCCCUUAUUCUAGCAGAAAUGGAUGGACGGGCAUUCCCUCAACCCAUCAACUCAGAUAUGUGCAAAAAGUUUUUCAUUUGA